AUGUGUUCAUCUUUUACUUUUCCUCAUCCGACUACUACAGCCGAUGAUCUCGAGAACCAUUAUAAGGUGUAUGGGGUCGAUCGUUCCGUCGUCCUUGAUUUGGCCGGUACACAUGAGACUCCCGAAACCGUGAGAGAAGGCUACUACAGAGCUUAUCUUUCCUUCUUUCACUCAUGCGGUCUUAUCUUCCCGAUCUCGGAGCCAAUACUCGAGGUCCUGGCGAAGCUUGGGUUAUCGCUUACCCAGCUUCUCCCGAACUUUCUUAGGCAUCUUGUUGCCUUCUUGGUUAAGUCUAGGGAGGAGGGUCUUGUUUUUGGUCUUAGCGAGUUUCGUCAGUUCGUUCUGGUGAAGCGGAAUAAUCAGAAUCCUGGUACUUUCCUCGUGUCUCCGCGCCCAGCUCACCACGUUAUCGAGGACAUCCCUUAUCGCGACGAGAAGUGGCGCAAGCAAUUUUUUGUUUUCAAGAUAGAUCGAGCAUCUAUGGGUGACUUCGAUUUCUCCCAGCUUCCCCGGCGUUGGGCCGAGACUAUCAUUCCUUCUGGAAGCUCUUCAAUGUCAGAUGAGAUCCGUGGUCUGAUGAGGGUCCUUCGGAGGGGUCGUUCAAACUGGUUUACUUUCAAUCAAACUCAGAUUCAAACUGUCUUUGCCUUGCCGGUGGGGAUCGACAGGGCUCCUUUGGUUGAGUCGUCUGAAGACGAGGCCGAACACUCCCAGGAGCUUGUGAGGAGGUCGUCGUUCCAAACUCCUGGGUCUGCAUCGAGGGGGCGAGCUUCCGGAAAGUCUCCCUUGAUCUCGAUUUAUGAUUCCGACGACGAAGAUGUUUCACGAGAGACUCGAUCUCCUGUCUCGCUGAGUCCUGGCUCGGAAGACAAGACUGUGGCGGUGACUCGCAAGCGACGUCGGUCAUCAGAGGGUGCCUUGCCUGGUUCGUCUCGUCCUAGGUUCAUUUCUGAGGGAGAUGGUUCUUCGUUUGCGGCCCAAAGCGACCUAAUAUCCCUUGCUGGUCGCAUGAGGUCCGCGGGUUGUCGUCUCCCAUCUCUCGCUUCCUCGGUUGAGAGGGAAGCCUACGCCAAGGUUGCUGUGGCGAGCUCUAAGGUGAUGGAAGCUUUUAAUGAGUAUGUCGUGACGAUGGAAGAUCAUGUAGUGGCUUCUCGGAACGACAAGGAAAUCGAGAGCAUCAGUUUUGAGAUCAAGAGUCUUUCGGAGGAGCUCGAACCCACUAAGUGA